UUAAAGCCUCCCCAGAAAAUCUGGGAGGCAACUGAUUUGGGGCAGUAGCCACCCACGUUCUUUGGAAGGGCUGCUUGCAAAACCGAAGUGCAAAAUCAAUCUUCAGGGGGCAUUUUAGAAGCACCAGCAAAUUUGCAUCGGUUGGAGACAUGACGUUUACAUUUAAUUAAUAUUAAUGAAUGACCUCCCCCUCCCCCACUCCACCCUGCCAAGCCGAACCUCAGUGUGUUUAGUUAUUGCCUCUCUAUCUGCUUUCCCUCAAGGCAGGGGGGUAAACACUUUUUUCUCUUUGCAGAUGGAAUGAGCUUGAGAUGCAGUUGGUGGGGUGAGGAACAAUGAACAUUUUCUUUAGGACAUAAAGUGAAGGAGGAAAAACCCUCCCCCCCCCCCCCCAUUCAACAAUCGACAGCAACCCCCCCGCCGUGGAAUGAAUGGAAGAAUCUCCGGGAUUUUCUUCUGCUCUUCGCCCUGGACUGUAGGAGUGAGGGGAUCUCUCUCUACGUACAUCCAUCUCUCUAUCUCUCCGUCCAUCUCCGGGAGGAUUUGAGCCGCUGCAAUGUGCUUUCAGCCGCUUGCCGCUGCUGCUUGACACUAUGCAACACGCAGAGAGAGGGUUUUGCAAAAAUGGAUUUGUUCGAUUUUAAAGGAUUUCUUCUCUAAUAAGGAUUGCAGUGCCCACAAAUAUGACUAAAUCUCCUGUUUGGUAAAUCUUCCUGCCCCCUCCCCUUUGGGAUCCCUCCCUCCACCCCACCCCUUCAGAGGACCAAGCCCAGGGAGCUGAUGACGGACCCAUUAAUCCUUCCUUCAAUGCAUCAAAAGAACCCAAAGGUCUGGGAAACGUUGGGCUUGAAAUCCUACAGGAAAUGCUUCGACCGGCUUUUGGUUUUGUAUGAAACUGGUGAUUAGGGGGGAGGGUUGUGCGAGCGACCCCCCCUACUCGUUGCCCCGGCCUCUUUCCUGGCCCCCUUUUGAUGUGCUCUUUGCCAGGUGCUUGUCCUCCGGUCUCUUUCUCUCCGGCCCGUCGCCGCCAGUUAUGCAGACUCCCUGUCGUACUCAGCGGCUGCUGCUUUUGAUAUGAUUCAAAGAUGAGGGUGGCGAUAAUGAUGAUCGCUCUGGUGUGAUGGGCUUGAGACGGCGGUGAUUGUUUGAAGGCGAGGAGGAGGGAGAGGAAGGGCUGCUGCUACCCUUCGCUGAGUGUGUGGGCUUCAGUUUUCCUACUCCAUCCUCUCCCCACCACUGGAAGUCCUCCCGUAUCUAAAUGGAAUUAGUGGAGAUCGAAGCCCCUUGCGUAAGGAACAGACAUGAUCCAUGGGCGCAGUUUGUUUCACAUUGUAGCAAGUCUAAUCAUCCUACACCUGUCUGGGGCAACAAAAAAAGGAACAGAAAAGCAAACCACUUCAGAAGGGCAGAAACCAGUACAGUGUGGAACUUGGACAAAAUAUGCAGAAGGAGGCAUCUUCACUUCUCCCAAUUACCCCAACAAGUAUCCUCCUGACAGAGAGUGCAUCUACAUUAUAGAAGCUGCCCCUAGACAAUGUAUUGAGCUACACUUUGAUGAAAAAUAUUCUGUAGAGCCUUCUUGGGAGUGUAAAUUUGAUCACAUUGAAGUGCGAGAUGGACCUUUUGGCUUUUCCCCAAUCAUUGGACGUUUCUGUGGACAGCAAAAUCCACCUAUGAUAAAAUCUAGUGGCAGAUUCCUGUGGAUUAAAUUUUUUGCUGAUGGUGAGCUGGAAUCUAUGGGUUUUUCUGCUCGAUAUAAUUUCACACCUGAUCCGGACUUUAAGGACCUGGGAGUUUUGAAACCAUUGCCAGGUUUCAUUUUUGUGGUAUUUUGUUAUUCAGUUUGUGAGUUUGAGAUGGGAGGAUCUGAAGGAAUUGUGGAAUCUGUGCAAAUUGUGAAGGAAGGAAAAGCUUCUGAUAUGGAGGCAGUUGACUGUAAAUGGUACAUCCGAGCACCACCACGAUCCAAGAUCUAUUUACGAUUCUUGGACUAUGAAAUGCAGAAUUCAAAUGAAUGCAAAAGGAAUUUUGUGGCUGUCUAUGAUGGAAGUAGCUCAGUGGAGGAUUUAAAAGCUAAAUUUUGUAGCACUGUUGCUAAUGAUGUGAUGCUGCGUACAGGUCUUGGGGUAAUCCGCAUGUGGGCAGACGAAGGCAGUCGAAACAGCCGAUUCCAGAUGCUCUUCACAUCUUUCCAAGAACCCCCCUGUGAAGCCAACUCGUUUUUUUGCCAUAGUAAUAUGUGUAUUAAUAAUACAUUGGUCUGCAAUGGACUCCAGAACUGUGUGUAUCCUUGGGAUGAGAACCACUGUAAAGAAAAAAGAAAGGCUAACAUUUUGGACCAACUUACCAAUACCAGUGGGACUGUAAUUGGGGUGACCUCUUGCAUUGUGAUCAUCCUCCUUAUUAUCUCUGUUAUAGUACAGAUCAAACAACCUCGUAAAAAAUUUGUCCAAAGGAAAACAGACUUUGAUCAAACAGUAUUUCAGGAGGUGUUUGAGCCUCCUCAUUAUGAGUUAUGUACUCUUAGAGGGACAGGGGCUGCAGCUGACCUUGCGGAUGUUGCAGAUGACUUUGAAAAUUAUCAUAAACUGCGGAGAUCAUCUUCAAAAUGCAUUCAUGACCAUCACUGUGGAUCACAAGUGUCUAGCACUAAGGGCAGCCGUAGUAACCUCAGCACAAGAGAUGCUUCUAUCUUGACAGAAAUACAACCCCAGCCUGUAAAGCCCCUCAUCCAGCCCAUGAACAGGAGAAAUAUUCUUGUCAUGAAGCAUAGCUACUCACAAGAUGCUGCAGAUGCGUGUGAGAUAGAUGAAAUUGAAGAGGUACCAACUACAAGUCACAGGCUGUCAAGACAUGAUAAAGCUGUCCAGCGACUGCUUGAGAAUAGUGAGCUCCUGAGUGAUUUUGAACAUGCUACAAUGAAAUGUGAAACUAUGGACCAUGGAAACACCAGCUAGAGGUUUUAUGGACUCUCUGACCACCUAUUCUCAUAUCAUGAUAAAGUUCAGCAAACUGUAUUGAGUAAAAUUACUAGAUGGCAAUAAGACUCUAAUUAUUAUCAUAAUUGGUCAUUUUUAUUUUUGUUUUUUUCCUCUUUUUAAAUUAAAGUUACGAAGUAAGAUACCCAAUUUCAGGAACAAUUUAUUGAAAUCAGGUAUUUAGCCAUUCAUAAUCACUUCAAUAGAAAUGUUUGUUGGAUAUGCAUCUAGCAAAAUGACUGAAUUUGACCACUGAGAAAAUAAUCUGCAUGUAUGUUACUAUUUGAGUUGGCAAAAAUCCCUUUUAUUAGAUACAUUGUAAAAAGCAUGCAUUCACAAUUACUGUUGUUACUGUUCCAUUUCUUUGUGUCAUAUGCUUGCUACUUGUAACUUUUUAUAUAAAGAUACAUAAAACAAUGUAUAAUAAUUUCUUA